GCUGCGACGCCGGCGCCGUGCCGCCAGAGAGGAGGACCAUCAGCCUGAAGUCGGACCAGCCCCUGGUUGUGGGCCGGCAGGAGCAGCAGGGCUUCUUCGAGGGCCUGUUAGGCGACGGAGCCGGGCAGCGCUACCUGUGCUGUGUGUCCCGCGCCCACUUGGAGCUGCGGCCGAUGGUGGACAGGUGUUCCACGGGCUUCGAGGUGAUGAACCUCAGCCCGAACCCCGUGCGGCUGAGGGGCAGCCCCCAGGGCGCCCUGGGCAAGGGCGAGCGGGCCAUCCUCCGGGCCCGAGACGCGCUGGAGUUCCUCGGCGCUGGCCCGGAGGGCAAGCCCAUCGCCUACCUGCGCCUGGAGCUCGAGGAGCGCGCCGGCGCGCCCGGGGCGCCGGCAGGGCCGCCGCAGGUGAAGCAGCAGCAGCAGCAGGCCGCGGCGGCGGCGGAGAGGGCGGCCAUCGACCCUUACGCGCGGCACGCGCGGGGGGACCUGCGGGCCCUGUUCCAGAGCCUGGCCGACGAGGACGGGCUCCUGCGAUCCGGCGGGCUCUCGCGGGCGCUGGAGCUCCAGCGCCGGGCGGACCACGGGGAGACUCCGCUGGGGGCGCCCUGGGCUCCCGAGGCCAAGGAGAUGGCCAAGAUGCAGAACCAGCUCAAGCAGCUCACGGCAGAGAACAAAAAGCUUAAGAAGUAUAACGGCAAGCCCUCGGACAUGGAGAUCGAUGAAGGUGAAGAUGGAGACAAAGUGGCGGCGUCUUCAUCGGUCGCGCAGCGUACGGAGCUGCAGGCGAAAAUCUCCAAGUACGAGCAGACCAUCAAGAUGCACAAGGACGAUGGCGAGGACGAGCUGGUGCGUGACCUUCAGAAGAAGCUGGAGGCGACCAAGCUGCAGGUCCAGUCGCUGCGCACGCCUGCCAUGGCCCACAAGCAGUGCACGCAGAAGCUUCAACGGGUUCAGAAGCAGAUCAGCACGGCGAAGAAUGACCUGCAGUCCUUGCAGCAAAAGCUGGAGAAGGCUCAGAAUGAGCUGGACGAGAAGAAGGACUUCCUGGAGAGCAAGAUCGGCGAGGAGCAGAUUCUCACGAUGCAGCUCGCUGGGCACGCGGCCAAGCUCAGUGGCACGGCAGAGGCUGGCCUGGAGGUGCUCCCCGACAUCCUGCGGCUCGACCCCGAGCUUCACCAGCUCAAGUCGGACCCCGGCCUGCUGCAGUUCUAUACCUCGUUCUCGGCCAACCCCUUGUUCGCCAAGAUGGAGGAGCUGUACAGGCAGACCAUGGCGGCCAAACUUGCCCAGGGCAAGAGCGAGGGCGACGUGUCCGUCAGCCCCGAGCAGCUUGCCGAUAUGGUCGCAAACAUCCAGAACACGAAGCAUCGCAAGCUCGACAGCGGGGGGGCGGCCAAGACGGCCGUGACAGGGCUGAGCGAUCGGCGUUGCGACUCGGUGGCGGCCUCGGUGCCGAGUGAGGUGAUGGAAUCCCACUUCGUCGAGACGCACAACGCGAACCAAGGGAAGCAGACGCUUAAGAAGAGGCCAAGCUGCACCAAGUCCCUCAUCGUGCUCGCGCAGGGGAUAGGGUGCCACGACUGGGGGUGCGAGGCCCUCAGCUCCUGGUGUGCCAGCAACAAGUGGAACGUCAUGGUUGUUCCAGGCUCCCCUACUGCAGGCGAGCUCCCCGCGGCCGGUCUGGCCAUCUUUGCGCGUGAAGGCAUCGGGCUACGUGGGCCGACUUACCCUGCGACGAGCCUUGCAGCACGGAGGUCUUGUGUCAACGAGCAGAUAUCCUUCGGCAGCGAGUUGGUACCGUUUCGGGCCCAACAUGCAGUGGUUGAAGUUCCUGGGUGGCCACCGCUCAACAUCUUCAACAUCUACCUGCGCGCGGGCGAGGGAAUGUCCCUGAAGAACGCCAAGAUCCUCAUGAAUGCGGGGCUGGCGAUGGCAGGGCAGCCGAACCCUUCCAUCAUAGGUGGUGACUGGAACAUGACGGCGGCGGAGGUCGAGGCAUCUUCGUUCACGGCUCACGCCCAGGUUUCCCCGCUGGUGCCCAAGUCCACCACAUGCAGGACGGCGACGGCCAACUCGGUGAUCAAUCAUUUCGCUCUCACCUCGGGGGCCAUGCGGCUCGCGAAGGCCAUGCAAGCGGACAUGACAUGGGCAAUCAAACCACAUCGGCCAGUGGUCGUGGAGCUUGCUACGAUGGGCAAGCAGCUGACGUACCUCACCUACGUGGGCGGGGGCAAGAUCGCGGCGUCCAAGCAGGUGGAGCCCAUGCUGCAGGACGAGCACGACUGGGAGCUCGAGAGAAGCUACGCUGAGGGUGCUGCGGAGAUGGCCUUGUCUGGCUCGGUGGGCUCUGCUUGGCGUCUGCUGUCUACCGCGUGGGCUCGGUUUGCUGCGCAGGCGGCUAUCAGGCUUGGGCAUCUCGCGGGCACCCCAAUCCAGGCGUACUCGUACGGCGGUUACUUACGACCAAAGUGGGCCUCUUACAUGUAUGAAGGGUCGGACCCAGACGGCAUCCAGGCUGUAGCUGACGGCUGGAAGUGGUAG